AGUUGAAUUCCUGAGCAAGUGUUUACAAAUUCAUAGAUUCGAUGUUCAGUGUUGGUGACUCAAGUCGUUUAACCUCAAAUUUUCUUCAGUGGAUAUCGUGAAAAUUCACAGUGAAGACAUCUAAUUAAGAUUGAAGCGAAUGAUGAAUAGCAAGGGAGAUGCCGUUAGGAUGAAAGAAGAACCUACUGAUAUUUGGCCAGAUGCAGGUUAUGAGUGUAAUUUUAAUUCGGUGGACUCUUGCAAGACAAAAAACUUUGCAACAUCUACGUUUUAUAAACCAUCGGUGUGUCACAUAAAUGAGGUUAUGGCCUCACAGGAAAAGUUAGACGAAAAAAUAUUCAUUGAUUGUGAGUGCAAUGAUUUUAAACCCGAAUUAAAGUCUUUAUCGACAACUAUUUUCAAAACUGAGUAUGAAAAUUAUCCACUAAUCGUGAAAAAAGAAAACGAAAGUCAGACUAAUGAUAUUAAUAAAAAUAUAUCGAUAGUUUUUGAAUGCGAGGAUUUUAAAUCAGAAAUGAAACCUUCAUCAACAAGCAGUGUAAAAAUGGAGAAUUCCGAGGAAUUUAAGGAUGUUAAAGUAUUACAAAAAAUCUCUCGAAAGAAGAAACAUAAAAAUUUAGUACAUGAACUUGAUAAACCUUUCAAUUGCAAGAUAUGUCACAAAUCAUUUCGACGAAAAAGGUACCUUAAAGUUCAUGUAAAUGUAGUACAUAAUCGGAGCAAACCCUUUGAAUGUGAAAUUUGUCACAUAUUAUUUGGAUGCAAUAGUAACCUCAAGAAGCACAUAAGUAAGGUACAUGAUCAUAUCAAACCCUUCGAAUGUAACAUAUGUCAUAAAUCAUUUGGAUACAAACAUCACCUUCAGCGUCACAUAGAUAUAGUACAUCAUUGUAGCAAACCCUUCGAGUGUGAUAUUUGCCACAAAUUAUUUGGAGAAAAAAAGUACCUUAAAGUUCACGUAAAUGCAGUGCAUCAUCAUAGCAAACCCUUCGAGUGUGACAUUUGUCACAAAUCAUUUGGAUACCAGAAUGUAUUAAAAACUCACGUAAUGGCAGUACAUGGUCAUAGGAAACUCUUUGAGUGUGACAUAUGUCAAAAGUCAUUUGGACAAAAAAGUACACUCAAAGUUCAUAUAAAUGUAGUGCAUGAUUGGAGAAAACUCUUCGAAUGUGAAAUUUGCCGUCAAACAUUUGAGCAAAAGGCUCACCUAAAAACUCACAUAAAUGCAGUACAUGAUCAUAAAUAA